GAGGCGCAGCAGCCAAUCCUCCCGCCCCGUGCGCCCUCUACCUCAGCCCCGGCUCCUCCCAGCCCGCCGCUCUCGCUGUCCCGUCACCACCACACUCACAUAACUCCAGGCCAGAACCAUGUCAGCCGGACACCAGCACAGCCAGAGCCGGGCCAUCCCCACCAGGACCAUCCCCAUCAGCGACUCCUCUCAGCUACCUCAUGACUACUGCACCACCCCCGGGGGCACCCUCUUCUCCACCACCCCUGGAGGUACAAGGAUCAUCUAUGAUCGUAAGUUUCUCUUGGACCGUCGCAAUUCCCCCCUGGCUCAGACCCCACCCCGCCGCUUGCCAGAUAUCCCUGGAGUGACCAGCCCCAGUAUUGUUGUAGAAGUGCCCAAAGUAGAAACGAACAACUUGAACAAUCACGACAGAAAGACUACUAUUGGUGAUGAUGCUCAGUUUGAAAUGGACAUCUAACCUUCUGGAUGCUUGGCAAGCACUCGAAAUUUGCGUGUACCUGACAUGGCCAAUAGGAUCACUUAAUGAAAAACGGGCAAAGGCGCUCUUAUGCGUUUAGUAAACAGUCCUUCCAGGUGCCAAAGGUCAACGCAACUAGGUUCCCUGUUUUUUUUUUGUUUUUUGUUUUUUUUUUACUUUUUUUUUUCUCUCCCCCCCCCCCAAGAAUAAUCCCACCCCAGCUACAAUAAAGUGUGGAGGUGGUGAAGGGACUUGUGACUCUGAUUUGAAUGGCUUGAAGUUGGCAAGUGGGAAUAAAAACUGUUUGCAAACUUGUACUGUAGCUUUGCAAAUACAUGUGAACUAUGGGUGGCAUAAGUUAACUUUUUUUUUAUACAACCCACUUUUUUUUUUUUUUGGUCAGUUUCCACUUAAGAUGUGCCCCAUGGUUUGGAAAGGCGCCCAGACCAUAGUGGAUAAGUUUAUUUGUAAUGUUUUGGCUUAAAUCGCUAUACAGUCAUCUCACCAAUAAAGAGUCUCCUGGUGAGCAAGGAACCAUCAUGUCCUGUCCAUGAUGUUGGACCUGGGCUUUCUUUUUGUAGGGCCGCUAAACAUCUCUGCCUUCUAAAGUCUUACAUUAGGCCCACUAUUAAAUACAAUGUGUGCUUGCUGCCUGUUAUGGAAGUGCAGAAUUCUGUAUAUUGUCCAUCUGUGUCAAUUAUUGGUUUGGUUGAGCUUGACGUUGCUCUUAUACGAAUCGCUAGGGUUGAAUUUACCCCCAAAUGUGAUUUCUACUUAAUAUCUUGUUUUGUCAAUCGAGGCGUCUGCUGGAUGAGAAGGGGUUGAACGCCUUUGCUUUCUCGGCAUUGCAAGUAAUUUCAGAUUGCCACAGUGACUUGUCUAACACAGUUGUGCCCCCAAAUUCAUGUAUCGUACUUCUGGAUUAUAUAGUUUCUGGCAUAACAUGUCAUAGAUCAAAUGAGUUUUGAACCCAAGCUUGAAGUUUACCUCAGUAAGGGAAGAGUAUAUUUCUCAUAGGGUCAUAAGGUGCAUUUCAGGGUGAAACUGAUGUGUGAGGAGAGGUGCGUUUUGACAGUGUCUAAUAUCGGUCUGUAUAGGAGUUCUUUUUCAUGACCUGUUUGGCAUUACCUUAAACCACUUCGAAACUUAACACCAAAGUGUCCACAACAAUGGUAGAUUUUUUUUUUUAAUUUUUUUUUGUUGAUACAGAGGUAUUAAAAUAUGUUGGCCAAACAUGAUCACCAUUUAGUUGAUGUUCAGGACUGAAAUGACCAUUAGGUGCUAAUAAACAUUGCAUUCUGUGCUUCUCCGGUAUACUUUUUCUGCUGCAAAAAAAUGCCUCCUGUCCUUACCCAGUUAGCAUAACACAAUCCAAAUAGUGGACAAUCCAUAAUUUUUUUUAAAUUAAAGAGGUUCUGCAGUUUGUUUAAACUGAUUAUCUAUCCUCUGGAUAGAUCAUCAGCAUCUGGUCGGUGGGGGUCCGACACCCGGGACCCCG